AUGUCUUUGCACGUCUAUAUCGCUCACACCGGUGAGCAUCUGCUGGCCGACAUCUCGUCGUUUGCUACGACGGAUACACUUCGGGCAUGGAUUGCACAAAAUACGUCAAUACCGCCUCAAAGACAGAUCUUGAUGACUUCUCGAGGGAAGAACGUCAAGAUCCAGACGCUCGCCACUGAGAACGAGAUAUUCGUGUAUGACAGACGAUACGUUAGCGAACAAGACAACGUUGAACCCCCAAAGCUUCCCUCACCCCCUGCCUUCCAACUCAACAACCCGCCCGAUACGCUCUCCGAUCAAAACGACCUCCAAGCCUGGCAAAACCUUUACUCGGCUAGAAAAGCAUGGGCAUUUAAGCUAGCGGAAGGCUGCGAAGCGGUGGAGAGGCAAAUCUUUGAGUACAACGAGCGGACGGAGAUCGUCAACCGAGCUGCCGGCGUAGCUUUAGAGAACCUCAAGACGCACGUGGUCAGCUUGGAGGCUCGGUUUCGGGAAGCGCAGGAAUGGGCGAACGAUCUCACAAAGGAGCAGAAAUCGGCGCUGGAAAGUUGGAAACGUGCGCUUACUGCGUUGGAAGGCAUCCCUGCGCGAAAUGAUUUCUCGUUUCUAGGUAGGCAAUCCACGCCAAAGACGGAUGUGGAUAGGUCGACGGGGACGUUGCUGGAUUACGUGGAUUCAAAAGAAGUGCACAAAGCUGGCUCAGAAGCUUCCGCAGCUUCUUCGCGGUUUACUCGCCAAUUUGAGGGACUUCAGAAGGCGGUCGCGGAUAUUGCUGCUGAUACUCAGAAGCUGCUCGAUGAUGCUCCCCCUACAACCUCCGACGGAGUGGAAAACCUCCUGCAAGAGGUGGAAACAUUAUCUAGGAAGAUACAAUCCGACUACGAACAUGUAUUGGCUUUGCCCAAUAAUCAAAAGACCCUGGCCAAUAUAUCUAGGCUUGCCCUCAACCAUACCCAGGAGCUCCUGCCGUCGCUAUUGGAGAUCGGCGUCGAAGUGCGUGAGGGCUUGAAUGACGCUGUCAGACGGUACACUAGUGCAGCAAAGGCCGCCCUUGCCCACACGAAAUCGAUAUCUUCCAUCGAAUCUCGACUGGCUGAUGUGCAAAACCAAAUUGCCAAACUCGACUUCCACAGCGAGGCUUUCGAUCUGCUGUACUCCGUUUUUCACUUGCCCCUUGUCUAUGGAUCGGUGUUGAUAGAGUCAGUGAGGCGGCGGGAGUUUAACGAUAAAAUGAAGAGCGACUCACUCACCCUGGCGGAAGAAAUGUCCGUAUUUCAGGAUGAAGAGCAGCGUCGACGGAAGAAGUGGAUGAAGAAUAUGGGGGAGUUCCUCUCAACCAGCGACACCACCACUCCUGGCAUCGAGGUCAACCUCCGAGGCCAUGAAUUUGAAUGGCCAACGGUAAGUAGGAAGGAAAUUGAGGCAUACAUCGAGGAACUGAAGACGAAGCCUGGCAUGACGAAUGCCGCUCAAGAGUUGGCGCAAGUCUUCAAAGAGCUUGAUGCACCCACGCGAGUACAGCGCCGUAGGGCGAAAGCUUUCAAACAAGGCAGUAUCUUUGAUACGAGUCGCAGCUCGCUUUUGCUUCAUAGCGACGAGAUGGUGCGGAGCUUGAGAGACGAAAAGCUCAAGUUGGAAGAGAAAGUACGAGGGUCGGAGAGCAGAAUACGAAAGUUGGAAGAUCUUCUUCACCGACAAAGCCAUCUAGGUCGCCCCUCGAGUGGAAAUUUCUCCAUCGACUUUCCUAGUUCGCCAGCAUCUCCUCACCCUGACCCUAUGUCGAGAAGAUCCUCGGUCUCGUCAAGGCGAAUGUCUUCGAACCAGACGUCGGAGGACAAGAACCUGGUGAACCGUAUUGUCCACCUGGAGGCGGAACUUGCCUCUGAACGAGACACCGUGCAACGGCUUCAACGUGAAGCCCACGCGGAACGACAGUCCAACACCGAUAAGAUGGAAGAAGCUCAGUCAACAAAGAACGAUCUGAUCGGAAAUCUCGAGGCUCGGCAACGUGAGUUUGACGAUGAGCGGAGGUAUCUAGAAGGCGAGGUGAAACGGUUCAAGAUCCGUGUUGAGGAGCUCGAAGAGGAGUUAGAUAGAGUCAUUGACAGUCGCGACCACGAAAAACAGAAUGCCGAAGACCGCAUGCACCAGCUGGAACUGGAGUUGCAGGACGCUCAUGUCCGUGCGGACGAAGAGAUGCGGAGGGCCAGUGACUUGCUCGAGGAGAUGCAGUCGCAUAGGGAUGCAGAGAACCGCUUCCGUGCCCGUGUGGAGGAGCUCGAGAAGCGCGACGCCGAAAAUAGCCGCAAAGAUCAAGAUAUUUAUCAUGCUCUGCACGCCGCUUUUAUGAAUCUGUCACCGGGUGGUUCCGUUCCCGACGAAGCCGCCGACGUUAUCAAGGCAAUUGACGUGCUGUCGGAAGGUUUAACCAUUCAUGCAAAGACGGCUGAAGACAACGCCACAAAAGCUGCAGCAGAGAAUAAGACGCUCACGGAGCAGGUCGAGAAGAUGGAGUCGGAUGCCCAGGAACUACGAAACCUGUCGGACAAGUACAAGGCGGAACUGGCACAGGCUCACGAAAGUCUUGAUCAAGAAAAAUUGAAGCUAGCUUCACUCGAAUCUGAACUUAAUGACGAACGAGAAAGACUUCUUGAGCUAGAGUCUAAGCUUGCUGCAGGCGAGACAGGAGCCGGUGCUCUCCGAGAACAUGUUGCAGAAGAGGAACAAAAACUGACAAACAUGUCUCAUCAACUUGCCGAAGUCGAGGCUCGCGCUCGCCGGUCAGAGGAAGAGGUAAUGCAAUGGAAGAAGCGUGCAGAAUCUCUAUUGGAAUCAGAUCGGAAAGCUACGUCCAAGACCAAAGUCUAUACAACAAGAUCACAAGAGCUCUCGAACCAACUGUUCGCCCAAGUGGAAAGGCUGGAACGUAUGUUGGAACAACUGGGUUUUACUGCCAUUCGGCAAGAUGGUGAAAUAGUCGUCCAACGGUCCUCCAAAGUCAAUGCGCUCUCUCAGACCGCAGACACCCUUAGCCAGUCUGGCGUGGUGUCUGUCAAGCCAGACGCAAACCUCCUGGGUUGGAUGUUAGCUGAUAGUCCUGAAGAACAAACUAGCAAGUUUGCAGCUUUUAUGGAAUCACUACAACAGUUUAACAUCGAAAUAUUUGGAGACGCAGUGGUCAAACGAGUCAAGGACAUUGAAUUGCUUGCGCGGAAAUGGCAGAAAGAAGCCCGCGGUUACCGAGACAAGUAUCACCGCAUGCAAAGCGAAGCCCACGAGAAGAUCGCCUAUCGGACCUUUAAAGAAGGAGAUCUUGCCCUGUUCUUGCCAACCCGGAACCAAGCCAUCCGGUCAUGGGCCGCUUUUAAUGUCGGCGCACCGCACUACUUCCUCCGUGAGCAGGACGUACAUAAGCUCCAGACUAGGGACUGGCUGCUUGCUCGAAUCACCAAGAUUGAAGAACGAGUAGUUGAUCUGUCCAAGUCAAUGAACGGCGGCAACCCUGAUCGCAGGUCAAUUGGAGAGACUAGUGACGCCGCCUCCAUCGACGACGAAAACCCCUUUGAAUUAUCCGAUGGCCUUCGCUGGUAUUUACUUGAUGCCACAGAAGAGAAACCCGGCGCGCCAGCAACCCCGGGUCUAGGGAAGAGCACCGUUGCUCCCGCACACGUCGACGCCCGAGGAAGCAUCCGCCUCAAACGCACCCCAGCUGGCGACCACGUCACAAAAACCCUCACGAAGAGCCUCGACAGCCGCCGAAACAGCUCCGCCUCCAACAAGAAGGGACCCGCGGCAUCUUCAACCCGAGCAAAUGACUCUGCAUCGGAUAUCGCCCGCGCGUCUGAGGGAGAUCCUAGCAGUACUCCUGCUGCUGCGAGCUCUCAGCCCAGAGAGUCGGCGCCCAUCUUCGACGAGGACGUGGAGCGAUUAUAUGCGCGUGAGCGCGGGUACCCGCGCCAUCACACUGCAGAACGCUUAAUGUCUUCUUCUGCUGCCUCUUCACCACCGCCCUAUAUCAACGCAUCCUCAUCGUCUGUAGUGUCGACCCCAAGUCGGCAGCCGAGCACGCGGUAUCGCCCCUGGGAGAAGCUGUGGUCGGUUGAUUAUCGGCUUGAAGGAGGUAGUCAGUGA